AGUGGGGGGAGUCAUGUUUGCCAUAAUCCAGACCACAAGGCUACCAAUGCCAAGACUGAGCCUUUUUCUUCUCUCUCUACGGAAUGUUGCCGUUCGACACACUUGAUGUAUUCUCUACAGUAGACACUCGUAUCCGCUAAAUGCAUCCCCGCACAGUUUGUACUGCAGAUUGACAUCAUGGAAUUGGUUCAACGUCACGUUGUUGUUUUGAAUGAGAAGAAAAUCUUCGACCAGGUAAGCUGUGUUAUCAUCAUCUUUGAUUGUAUGCACUCGUUCGACUACGGAGUACGACUACCCACAUGGCUCCAUCUGGUCUCGUCAUCCUCAUGGGCGCUGGCCCAACAACUGCCUCCGGCAUUGCAAGAAUCCUCGCCCACCCUUCCCAUGGCAACAUGGCCGUGGCCCUUUUGUCUCGUUCCGCUGACGAAAGCCUCGCUGAACGACUAUCACGAGAGUCUAAUGGCGGCACCCUACGGGCUUUCCAAACAGACACAUCCGAGAGUAGCUUGACGCGAGCCUUUUCGGAGAUUCAAUCGUGGUCCGAGGCCCAACAUCUGGGAAAGUUGAACCUCGCCAUCUGGAACAUCAAGCACUCCCACAAGACGCCCUUCGCGGACGAAUCCCCCGCCAAAUUCGGCGACAGUCUACAGACGUACGUCACGGGCGCCAUGGUGUUUGCUCAACUCUCGUCGAAGUGGAUGUUGUCGCAGUAUGCCUCUGACACGACCCCCGCCACCGAUUCUUCUCCGUCCGACACGGCAGAAGUCAUGAUCAAAAAGGGAACCAUCAUUUUCACGGGUACGUUGGGCGCGUUGCGGACGAACCCAGGUUACGCCGCGUACGGCGCCGGAAGAGCCGGUGUGAGGAUGCUGGCGCAGAGUCUGGCGAGAGAAUACAGUCCCCGGGGGAUCCACGUCGUCCAUGCCAUUGCGAACGGUGGGAUCGUCGACGCCGACACCACCGAGGUUAUUUUGACGAAGGAAGGUGAAGAUGGCCGGGCGAAAGAGGAAGCUCGGAAGGAGAUGAUGAGCAAAGUCAAACUCGGCGAGAGGAUUCGGGCAGAGAGCGUGGGAAAGCUCUACCUACAGUGCAUGAAUCAAUCCUGUGACUUGUGGGUUCACGAGUUGGACAUGAGACCUGCAAGAGAAAAAUUUUAGUCGAAGCAGUAUGGAAACAUCGAUGCCGGCAAAAUAUCCGGCAGAAUGCUCCACCUCUCUAUCCCUACAUUACAGAUGUAAGGAUACAAUAUAACACAAUCGGCCCACACAUCCACCCUCAACAUGAUCAAAUCCCCUGGCAAUGAAAACAUGUCAGGACAACCUUUCAAGAUCCUGAGUUUGAGGUUGUUGUUGUCAAGUUACAGACAUGCUCUGAGUGCCCCUGGUGCUUCCUCAUCUACUCCUGUUAUAGUAUAAACGAAAGUAAGCUUUACCAUGUGAAAUGAUAUGAC